GUAGAGAGGGGGUUGCUCCAUGUUGGUCAGGCUGGUCUUGAACUCCAGCCUCAGGUGAUCCGCCCGCCUCGGCCUCCCAAAAUGCUGGGAUUACAGGCAUGAACCACCGCGCCAGGCUUACUGGGGGCUUUUUAACCUUAUUUGGCUACAUUACCUCAGUGAACAAGAGGCAGCUCACAACAGGAACUCAUGCAAAGAAGGAAGAGAAUAGUACCAACAAGGUAGAACAUCACGAUGAGAAGAAAGAACGAUGCAAAUAUGUGAACCCCCAGGAUAAACACAGCUGCCUAAAAUUUAGCUCUGGCUCCCUUAGAAGGGGGAAGAGUCAACAGUGGACUGUUUCUCAACGUCACAAAUGCAGAAGCAUAUGGUUCCUAUGGGACCUGCCAACCGUUCCCAGACACUGAACUCUGUGGGGAGUUUUUUCCAUGGGACUUUAAAAAAUGAUGCCCUUAUGUUGGGCCAGACCUCUGUUAACUUCAGUAGGGAUGGCACCAGGUUCAAGGGGCCAAAGAAGAGACCUGGAGCCAGUGAAGGAAACAUAGGGUAUAUUUGGGGAACUUUACAGGGUGGUCCAGUGGCAGCGGGCUGGACAGAACUGCAACCACUUAUAAAAAGCAUGCAGUUUAUAUAGCACUUUCACUCAGCACCCUCCCCACAGCAACCUCCAAUGGCAACCCUCAUUUCUUAAGUUAUUGCUGUCAGAUGCAUCUGCCAUACAGGGUCAUUCUCAGGGAAUGCUUAAGUUAUUUCCGUCAGGUACAUUUUCCAUACACUUUACUACCUUGGAGUAAAGUAGCAAGAAUACAGCUUUUUCCCUAACCUUUACCAGCUAACUCAGUGCUUAGGGGCCUUGGAAUGCCUGCUGCCCAACAAGUCAGAGGCCUGACUGGGAGGCAUGGCCAUUAUCAACAGUGUAUGAAGGUCAUACAUGACAGGGUCCCUUGGAUCCAGUGGGCUCCCUGAAGUGAUUACAUACUUGGACCACAUCACCUCAGCCCCUUGCAAAAUUGCAUUUAAUGUUACACCCUUGGCUUUUGUAGAAACAGGCAACAAGACACUGUCAUAUAAAACUUUGUACUGCAUUACAAGGCAUAACCUUUAAUAAAUCCCAAUGGUACUUUUUGUGGGGAAGAGGGAUGCUCAUAGCCUAUGGGGUGGCUGGAGAACUAGUCAGGGACCCUGAGGGCUCGAUUUACACUUUACAUGGGUGGGCCAAGGAGUUUACACUGAGGGCACUGGUAAUACCUGUAAUAGUCUUAUAGUACUUAUAAAGCAGUUUUGCACAUAAAAUACCGUCAUGCAGUUAUAAGAAGUUUGUUCCUGGGCUGUUCCAAGUUAACUGUAUUCAUUUUCCUAGUGUUAGCACAGUAUCUCAGGGAGUCUGAUUAUAUUUUUGAUUUGUAAUCUCUAUCUUAGACUAAGGCCUACAGAUUUCAAACUGUUCUUUGCAAUUCCUCUCAUAAUGAACCUCUGGUUCGGCAGCUUUUUUUGUUGUUGUUGUUCUUAAGUUUUACCAUUUUUGUUCUUAUUUGGUUUUGUUGUUUUUAAAUUGGGAACUGCUUCUAAAACAGAAGACAUGAAAGGAGAAUUAAAAACACAAUAUAUGUGUGAGAUAGAAUUAUUCAACUUAGCAUUUAUUAAACAUCUGCCAUAUGAUAGACAUUAGAAAUAAAAUGACUAGCAAGACCCGGUCCUUCCCCUCAGGAGUUCACAGAACGGCUGGAGCAACUGUCAUACAAACUGUUACGCAGUGCAGAAACUACAUAGACAUUUGUGCGGGUUCAGACCACAGCAAAUAGAGAUGGGCAGAGUGGGAUGGGGUAGGGGGUAAGGUGCUUGAAGUUUGCCUGGGUGGGAAUUUUUGAAGUAUGAAGAGGACUUCUGCCUGGGGGAUUGCAGCAGUAGAGGGAAGAGCACGGUCGGUACAAUUGCAUUGCAGGUGUGAAACGGCUUGAUUUGUUCAAAGAAUGAUGGAUCAUUUAGUAUUGUAUAAUGGAUGGGAGGAGAGAAACACGGCGAUCACAAAGGGCCAUGUUUGCCAAGAAAUAAAAUAUACUUGGAAAAAAAGAGUACGUAUGUGUAUAUAUGACAAAACUCAGGUGCAUUCUGUAGGGACCGGCGAAGCCAUUCCUUCAGAUUUGCUCAGCAUUGCCACGGGCCAGCUGCUGUUCCAGGCCGUGGGUUAGGAACCAGGAAGGGCAUCGCUCCCACAGGGCCCACAUCCUAACGGGCCUCGCCGCGGCUACGGGGCUGGGCAGGCCGAGGGCGCCGGGCUGUGCAAAUUUCUUUAGAGCCGAGGUCUGUGGCCAGCGUCUUCGUCUGUCACAGGAGGGCUGACUGGCCACGGCGGCCAUCUGCUAGAGCGCAUUUCUUCCCAUGAAACGCCAUCUCCUCCGAAGUGCGGAGCGAACGCAGCCAAAUCUACAAACACUGAUAAGCUGGAUCCACCUGACGGAACCCAGGACCAAAAAACUGCGGCGAGCAGCGCCUCGGACCCGCUAUUACCGGUUUUCUAAGCACUGGACAGAGUGAGCCGUGCCAGCCCUGUCUCGCCAUCCCAGCCGAGGAGGGCAGCGCGAUGGCUCUUCCCUGCCUUGAAACCAGCCCCACUGCCAGCCGCUCUCGCCCGCAGAGCAUUUUCCGUGGCGUCCAACCGACCCUACGGCGGCCUCGGCGAGCCAUGUGGAAGAAACGCACCCACUGCCCAUAGGCCACGCCCUUCCUGGCUUCGCGCAUGCGCUCCGCCCGUCCUGAGGACCUCCCAACCUGCAGGGGGCGAUGAAAGUCCGCUUGCGCUUGGCUUGCAGUUGCUUCCGAGUCAGAGGUCAGACGGUCUAGCGCUGCGUGGGACAUGGUGCAGCUGCGACCGCGCGCGUCUCGCGCCCCGGCGUCGGCGGAGGCGAUGGUGGACGAGGGCCAGCCGGCCUCGGAGGAGGAGGAGGCGGAGCACGGGCUGUUGCUCGGUCAGCCCAGCAGCGGCGCGGCCGCCGAGCCGCUGGAGGAAGACGAGGAAGGGGACGAUGAGUUUGACGACGAGGCCCCGGAGGAGCUGACUUUCGCCAGCGCCCAGGCGGAAGCGAGAGAAGAGGAGCGGCGAGUGCGGGAGACCGUGCGCAGGGAUAAAACGCUCCUGAAGGAGAAGAGGAAGCGACGCGAGGAGCUGUUCAUCGAACAGAAGAAAAGAAAACUCCUUCCAGACACUAUUUUAGAGAAGUUAACCACAGCUUCACAGACUAAUGUCAAGAAAUCGCCAGGAAAGGUCAAAGAAGUUAAUUUGCAAAAGAAAAAUGAAGACUGUGAAAAAGGAAAUGACUCCAAGAAAGUUAAAGUACAAAAAGUACAGUCUGUCAGCCAGAAUAAAAGCUACUUGGCCGUCAGGCUAAAAGACCAAGAUCUGAGAGAUUCAAGGCAACAAGCAGCACAAGCCUUCAUACAUAAUUCAUUAUAUGGGCCAGGAACCAACAGGACUACUGUAAAUAAGUUCCUGUCUCUUGCCAACAAGAGGUUACCAGUGAAAAAGGCUGCUGUCCAGUUUUUGAAUAAUGCUUGGGGAAUCCAGAAAAAACAAAAUGCCAAGAGGUUUAAAAGACGGUGGAUGGUCAGAAAGAUGAAAACUAAGAAGUAAAUCAAUGCUAAAUGAAGAAUCUGUACUUUUUUCAGUACAAUUCAACAUAUGUUUACGGAAUACAGCUGCCAGAUAUUGAGGAUACACUGAUGACCAGGACCUAGGCACUGCUUCAAGGAACUCACAAGUCUCCUGGGGAAGGCUUACAUGUAAAUAAAUAACACACAGUACAUCACUAUUGACUUAAUACAUGCAAACUGAGGCUGAGAGAAAGGAGAAAAAAGCAUGGUUGGAAACAUGGAUAAGCGGUUAGAUGCUAAAAUACCCCAAAAAACAUACUAAAAAGCUUGAAGUUUUUCCAAUAAGGAAAUAAGGUUUAAAAUGAAGGAAACCGAUACGGAUUAGACUUCAUUUUAGAAGGAUCACACAACAACACUAUAAAACAUGGCUUGAAAUUAGAGUGAGGCUGUAAGCAACAAAACUAACAGAGCCUUAAAAAGAAAAAAUGUUUUAUACCAUCAAACUCACAGUAGUAAACAUCUAGGACUUUAUUCUUUCUUCACAAAGGAAAAUGAAUGAAACUGGCAAAACAAUACUAAUGGUUUUAAAGCCUGCUGUAAAAAUUAACUGGUGAUGAUAACCAAAGAAAUGCAAAUAAGCAAUUUUAAGAUACUAACAUAUGUUAAACCCACUAAAGUAGCAUUAAUAUAGUAGUGCCAUUGGUACGUUCUUUUAUUACUGCUGGUAAAAGUUGGUAGAGGGUUUCUGAAAACCAGUAGAGCAACAUGUAGUGAGAGCCACAAUAAUGUUCAUAUUAUUUGACUCAAUUCUAUUUCUAGAACUUUAUCUCAGUGGAAUAAUGUGAAGAAACAAAGAUGCAUGUAUAAAGAUGUCACUAAAGCAUCUGACAUAAAAGCAAAUGGAAAAAUCCAACAACAAAGCAAUGUUGAAAUAAACCUAUACAGCAACAAUAAAAUAUCAUGGAGCCUUUUGUGUUUUUUGAGACAGGGUCUCACUAUGUCACCCAGGCUGGAGUGCAGUGGUGCAAUCACGGCUCACUGCAGCCUCGCACUCCUAGGAUCAAGCAAUCCUCUUGCCUUAGCCUCCCAAAGUGUUGGGAUUAGAGGUGUGAGCUGCCACACCCAGCCUUGUGUAGCCAUUUAAAAAUAAUUGGAAAUAAUACAUAGAAAACUGGGAGGAAAUAAAUUCUUACAACAAAAUAAUACAAACUAGUGCCACUACGGUUAUUAGCUAGUUAAAAUAUAUGCACAUGGGAAUUAAGGCACAAAACUGAAAAUACCUGAAAUAUGUAGCAUUAUGGGUUAUUUUAAAGCAAAAAACAUUACCUCAGUGGAAUAACUUCUGAGGGAAAUAUGACAUCAUUUAGGUAGGAUUUUCAAAUUGUACUCAUUUAGUUUAGAAUCUGGAGCAGUUUCUAAAUAGGGUGACUCUCAAUGGUUCUAUUGCUACUUCAGUUACUAGACUAAAGGCUCCUUGCAGGCUGGGGCUGUUCAUUCAUACUGGACUUUCCAGAGUCCCUACAACAAUGCCUCUCCACACUGCAAAAAUUCAAUAAACAGCUGCUCAACAAACAAUUUAAGAGUUCUUUUGGGAGCCACUGGAAGACGUAGCAGAUAAGGAACAAAGACAACAGGAAAAGAGGAAAGAAGACUGAAAAAACUAAAAGGAAAAAGGUCAAGAGAAACAGUGUGCCACCUGACCUUCAACAUUAAUCAAAUCUCUCUCUCUCGUGUGUGUGUGUCUGGAUGUGCAUGAACUUCUGAGUCACAUGACUCAAAGUUUAUGCAAACCUAAAAAUGAGGUUUUUUUUAAAAUGCUACAAUUACAAGUGAACUAAAGUGACGAAUAAAAAGUGGUGGAAUGA